UAUUAAUAAAUAGAGGUAUAUAUUAGAUACGUUCUGAAUGUUUCAUCAAGAAAUGAUUACACGAACAAUGAGAGAAAGACAUUAAUUAAGAAACCGUUAAAUCCUUUUGCUCGAUAAGUGCUAAAAGCCCAUAAGAGCGAUUCAAUAUGAAUUCAUUGCGAAGAUCAAAGCCGUCUUCGUGGUUCGCCGCAUUAAUAUUAUUGAUCAUUGUCACUCGAUUGUGCGGCGCCGAAACGAGUGGAGAGUAUCUUCAAAAGGCAAUGAUCGAGCUUCAGGAACUAAAUGUGCCGUCUAAUAGCAUUACGAUGCAUGAUCGAUUAUCGGUGAAUCAUUAUCAAUAUGCCGGCUAUCAGGACGGACACAGCCAGGACAAUGCACAUCGCAAGCUCAGCACUAAUAAUGCUCAUCAGGACAUCAGGCAUCAGGAAAAACCGAUCGCGAAUAAUGCAAUUGCCGAACAAGCGCAGUCUGCCGCAAACAAUAUAGUACAAUAUUACGCGAUACGCGAUCCCACUGCCGCGGCUAGUUAUCCGAAGGUAAAACAGCCGGAGCCGCUGGUGCUCACGCGAGCAAAACUGGCCGCGUUGUAUAAACAGGCCUUGGAAAAAGGGUCAGCAAUCAGCGUCGCAGCUUUGACGCAGGCAUUGAAUGCCGCGGGCGGCAACGGCAACGCGCAGGUCGGUCACCUGCAGUUACCGGUUAAAUACCCGUUGUACAACUAUUACUACUUUCCGCUCAAGAGUUUCGCGUCCGAGUUGCAGGGAGAUCAUCAGCAGACUGCGCUCGUUCCAAUGUACGCGGCCACAGAAACCACGGAGAACACUCAGAAGCAACUUAUGAAUCCGCUCUUUUUAGCGAUCGGCACGUUUAUCAGCAUGGCUGUUCUGUUCAUGAUGGGUGUACUAUUUCUACCGAAAUUGCCGCACUUGGAUCUUUUUAAUGCACGAGUAGCGGACAACGACGAUUUUUUGCGUCUAACAACUUUCGUGAUGAAUGCCAUAGACGGACGUAAUCGUUGGAAGAAUUUCAGCACAGCUAGCUGAGAAUACGUGUGAUAUCGUGUAAAAUAAAAAUUAUUAUAUUUUGAUCAAAAAUGUUGGAAAUAUCAGCAAAUAUAUUAGUUACAGUUUGCACAAAUAUUUGAACCGAUCGUAAAAGAAAAAUUACGCAUGUAAGGAAAGGAAUAUUUAAUGUAUAUAUUAAUAUAAAAUAGUAUAUUAAACGUA